CUCCAGGAUGUCCUACUACUACGAGCAGCGCAAGCAGCCCUGCCUGCCCCCUUCCAUCUGCCUGCAGAAAUGCGCCAAGUGCCCCGAGCCCUGCGCCACCCAAUGCGUUGAGGUCUGCCAGGCCCCCUGUGCCACCCAGUGUGCCACCCAGUGCGUGGAGCCCUGUGCCACCCAGUGCGCCACCGCCUGCGUCCCCCAGUGCGUGGACGUCUGUGCCACCCAGUGCGCCACCAGCUGCGCCCCGCAGUGCGCGGACGUUUGCGUCACCCAGUGCGCCCCGCAGUGCGUGGACGUCUGUGCCACCCAGUGCGCCACCAGCUGCGUCCCCCAGUGCGUGGACGUCUGCCCCACCCAGUGCCCCGCCCAGUGUGCUGAGCCCUGUGUCACCAAGUGCGUGGAGCAGUGCCAGGCCGAGGUUUGCAGCACCAAGUGCGUGGAGAAGUGCGAGACCGUGUGCCUGGAGCCCUGCUCACGCCCCUGCUGAUCCCGAGCUGCUGAGGAGCUGGAGCCGUGCGGUUCUGGGAUGGAAAACAUGGUGCAGACCCAUCGGCAACGCAACAAGGCCUCUCCUGCUCUGAUCGUUGUAUUUGUCUUGGAAAAUGUUUCCUCUCUGAUUGUUCCCUGUGUUUUCACUUCUUCUCCUGCUGUGCCAGCAUUUUUCCUUGAUAAAUUCCCAAUAUUUUAGCAUUGGGAAUCUCAGGAAGUGCUGACAGCAGCUGGUGGUGGAAGA